AUGGCUUCAGUAGCUCGGUCACUGGCUCAGCCAGCACGGUUCCUCGCCCGGAGGGGCCCAAUUGUCUCUUCCAUGCGGUGUUUCUCCGUCUCGCCGCUCAAGCGCGCCCAGGAAGACCCCGUGGUGCCGCCGCCCCCCAAAGAACGCGGCCCAAACGACUAUCCCUCCGUGGCCGAGUACUCACCCGACCUUCUGAACAAGGAGGAGCGCUCCAUGUAUGACCUGAUGUCCCCCGAGGAGCGCGCGGCUUUCGACGAAGAAAACCGCCAUAUGGUUGCCGAAUUCAACGAUCCCGUGAAGCGCGCCGCAGCCUUCAGUGAGAUUGACCAGCUCGUACAACAAAUCGACAAGGAAGAAGAUAUCCGAUUCGAAGAAACCCGUUCCCGCCUGAGUGGUUUCUGGGCCGAUGGUGAGCCCGAUGAACUCGGUCACGUCGAGGAUGGAGACGAAGAAAUUCACGAUGAUGAAAUGACCACUAUGGCACACGCUGAGAUCGAAUUGCACCGUGAAAUGAGAGAAUACGCCCGUAUCACAGCAUGGGACAUGCCCAUGCUGAGCAAGCUUGCUGAACCAUUUACCCUGCCCCCCGACACCCACAUCCUCCGCUUCCGCUACACUACCUUCAUGGGUGAAGAGCACCCGGGAGAAUCCAAGGUAGUCGUAGAGCUUGCCUCUCAGGAUCUGGUCCCCAAGUACCUCACCGAAGCCCAGCGUCAAACAUUCCUCAAGCUGGUCGGCGUGCGGUACAACCCCCAAACCGACAUCGUCCGCAUGGCAUGUGCGAAGUACGACCACAGUGCCCAGAACAAGCGCUACUUGGGCGACAUUGUGAAUUCUUUGAUCAAAGAGGCCAAGGAAGGUGAUUCCUUCGCCGAUAUCCCUCUUGACCUCCGCCACCACAAGCCUAAGCACCGAAUUCAGUUCCCCGAGGGCUGGAAGAUGACCGAAGCCCGCCGCAGCCAAUUGGCUGCUCGCCGCCAGGAGCGUCUGACUGCCGAGGCGACACGGGCAGCCCUGGUGGAUGGUAGCGCGGUCUUGGCCAAUGCUGUCAAGGUACUGCCUUCGCUCAACCCUGCCCUUCAGGCCAAGGCUGAAGAGGAGCGGGGACGUGUUGCCCUGAAGGUCGGUGCUGGCAAGAAAAUCGGCCGCCGGUGA